AUGAUCAAAUCCAUCAACCCGACAACCCGCCAUAUCAUAAUCCAACCUGCCACACUUGAUAGAAGCGCGUGUGUAUCGACGGACUUGCAUUUUGAAGGCAUUCGCCUCAAUGAAACCCUUCCUUUUGCCGUUGCCACCGGCAACACUAUCAUUUUGUUGAAUUGUACCAUCAACGCGCCUCACGCGCCGCCACUCGACUGCUCCGCAAGUAGCCCGUGCCACAGUUACAUUAAGGACCAUAAAGAUGCCUACGCGUGCGGGCGUGUGGCAACUUGUUGUGCCUACAAAACCGGUGGGCCCCACAAGGAGUACGAGGUUCGGGUUCGCGGUAGUGGUGGUUGUGCGGCGUAUCAGAGUUUUGUGGACUUUAACGGUGUGUCGGGGACACCAGGGAAUGGGUGGCCAGAUUUAGGGGUUGCAAUUCAGUGGGUGGCACCACAGGAACCGGUUUGCAAGGGGCCAAUGGAUUGCAAUGCAUUGUUGAAUUCCAAGUGUGGAGUGGGUCCCACAAGUGGUGGGGUGCAAAGGUGCUUGUGCAUUGCUGGCUUCAAGUGGGAUCCUGCUAAUGGGUUAUGUCAAGGUCUAGGAGGUCAAGCUCAAACUCAAGUUCAGAGUCAAAUUUCAAGUAAGUUGAAAGCUAAAUUGAAGCUCAAAGCCUGUUAA